AUGGAGAGGGUGAAGAAUCUUGGUUACGUCGUCCUCGCCAUCCUGCUGCUGUCUCAGUUUUCUUACCGUGAGUGAGAGACCUUUUCAUAUUUUCUUCGUCUAGGAUGCCUGUGAUACGAAGGUCAUUCGUUCCUAUAAUUCUUUUCUGUUGUUCGCAGAUGCGAACGGGAGUGACCUGGAAGAAGGUGGAUCGGCAUCAAGCUCGUUGGUGCGUAAGCUGUUAGACAAUGGCGGAGAUAAGAAGAUCCAUAUCUCUUUUUGCAUCAAGAGAAAUUGCAUCGGCGAUGUAAGAUGCUACUGCUGCUUGGGCCUAGGAAACAAAUGCAGGUAUACAAGGAAAGAGUGCGACCACAUGUGCAAACUCAAACCUGAUGCAGCGAUCGGUAGUGAGGCAUAUCCAUCAGUGCUUGAGCCAUGA